AUGGCAACACUGACACUUAAUGGGCUCGAGGCUGCACUCGGCAAUCUGCAUUUGGACCCACUUCCAGCUUUCGAGUCCACAAGCCCUCUUGAAAAGCCCCUCGACAUCGCUCGAACAUACUUGGCUAAAAUUGUUGAAUCAGUGGCAGAAGUCGAGCUAGAUGCCGCUUACAAUGCGAUUCACUGGCCAAAUAACGUAUUGAACGGCGACUUGGUUGUAAUUCUACCCAAGCUGAGCCGAGGGGCCGAUCCUGAAGAAUAUGGCGCACAGAUUACGCACAAGUUCCCACGCUGCCCCCUCUUCAUGCUGCCAUUUGUCGAUGGUGUCCACCUGCGGAUGCAAUUUGACAUUCGCUCACUCGCGCGAUUACUGCUCCCGUACAUACGCGAUCGAAAUGAAUCAUACGGCUUUGACCUAUCGUCAGGUCUGAGAAACCCGGGGGAUACCGAGUCGGGGAGGAAGAGUCUCGUUAUCGAGUUCUCUUCACCCAACAUCGGUGACAAGUUCUACGGAAAGCACCUUCGAAGCACCGUCCUCGGUUCUCACCUCGCCCAGCUCCACCAUGCUAUGGGUUGGGACGUGUAUAGCAUCAACUAUCUUGGCGACUGGAGCAAGAAGACUGCUCUGGUUGGCGUUGGUUGGGAAGAUUUGGGUCUUGGCAGUGAGGAGAAGUUCGCCCAAGAUCCCAUUGGGCAUCUGCUUGAAAUAUAUAAUGAAGUUGAAAAACGAUUCGCGCCAGAGCAGAGGCACGCUAAGGAAGUCAGGGACAAGAGCUUGAAGGGAGCCGAUGAGGUCAAUGGUGAGGACACAGCUGUGAUUGAGUCCCAAGGGCUCUUUGCCAAGAGAAAUGAGUUCUUCACGCGGAUGGAGGAUGGAGAUCCACGAGCUGUUGACCUUUGCAAGAGGUUCAGGGACGUCAGUAUCGAACAUUACAAGGCUCUAUACUCUCGCCUCAAUGUUACCUUCGAUGAGUACUCGGGAGAAUCACAGGUACCAGUGAGCACCAUGAACGAGAUUGAACAGACUCUGAAGGCAAAAGGCUUGCUUGAGGAGCAGGAGGGCAGCUGGUUGAUCAACAUGAAGAAACAUGGGGAAAAGGGCGGCGCUGCUAUCAUCCGCGAUCGCACCGGCAGCCACACGUAUCUCUUGCGGGACAUCGCAGCUGUGGUUGAGAGACACGAAAAGUAUCAGUUCGACAAGAUGCUUUAUGUUGUUGCCUCUGACCAUGACCUACACUUCCAACGUGUCGCCAAGAUUCUGGACUUGAUGGGCAUGACCGAUCUCUCACGCAAGCUACAGCACGUGCACUUCAGUAAGAAUUCGCAGGUUCCGGAAGACACUGACCGGGGUGACGUUCUGGAUGGCAUCUUAGUCCAAAGCAAACGGACAAUGGACAAGGCACUUUUGGUUGAUGCUGACAAAAUAUCCUUUCUGGAGGGAUCUGGGCAUACUACAGAGUCUUUGGGUGCUGCAGGCCUGCGACUAGACGGUCUUCGAGCAAAGAGAGCCACGGACCACGUGUUCGAUUUUGAACAGAGCGUAUCCUUCACACAUGCGACAGGCCCAGAGCUCCUGUUUACCCUCGCGAAAGUGAAAGGGUUGACAGAGAGACAGGACAUUCCGGAUGCGGCGGAUCUCACGGAUGGUGACCUGGCUUCAAUCCAAGACGAGACAUUCUCAGACCUGCUUCGCACUCUGGCCCAGUUCCCAGAUGUGAUCGCAUCGUCCCACAAAUCCCUUGAGCCUUCUCUGAUUGUUUCGUUCCUUGCGUCAGUAUCCGGUCAGGUUUCAGAAAGUUUGAUCAAUCUCGAGGAUGAGGACAGCAUAUCGACUUCGCAAGCUGCUGUGCUUGAUGCGGCACGUCAGGUCCUUGAAAACGGUCUAAGGUUACUUGGUUUAUGGGCUCCUUCAGAUUGA